UGUGCAAAGGUUGUUAUUUUUUAACCAUGCUCUAAUUCCUUUUUAAUACCAUAUAUAAACAGAUGUCUUCAGAUGGAAUUGGUGGUGAUCCUUGUAAACAGAUUUCAGUUUCUGAAAAUGUUGAGGUUACGGAUCGUCGUCUUGUUUGUUUUGAGAUGGGUGCAACAGGUCUCAAUGUUGAUUCUAACAUUGAACUUGAAGAUGACCCAAUUCCCGUUGAAGAAACUCCUCUUGUUGACAAGAGGAAAUCUAAGAAACCCAUAGCGCUGACGUCUCCGUUUAUGGAGUAUGACUCUUCCAUUUCUAGUUCUAAAGAUGGUUCUGGUUAUGGAGUUGUUAAGUAUGUGGCUGGGUUGUGUCCUCUCGAUGAUAAGAUUGGUGAAGAUGUAGAACAUAAAGACGAGAUUGAUUUUGACUUGUGGCUUGGUGAAGGACGCCGAUCGAAGAAAGAUCCGCAUGAUAAGGAGAAGGUUUACUUGAAGGGUAAGGAUAAGAUUGUUCCCCCUUUUCGUUUUGGCGUGGAAGAUGUUGCAACCAAGAUGUGGUUCCACAAGCUUGCAUAUCCUGGCCAAUGUUUGACUAAUUCUCAUCUGGACAUCAUUUUUUACUAUCUACGUAAAAAAGGAAAGUAUGCAAAGGAGCCAAAGGUUAAGUUCACAACCACCGAUUGCUUAUUCUUCAAAACCAUUCAUGCUUUGUAUGAAAAAUUUAUUGCACAGAAAAAAAAUCUUUCUUUGAUAACUGCCCAGCAUGCCAUUGCUGAUUAUAUAAGAGGUAGAAAAAUGUUAUGUGGUUCCCCUUGGCAUUUGUGCGAUCAUGUUUUCUUUAUCAUCCAUAUGGAGACUGAAUCACAUUGGAUUCUUGGUCGAUUGAAUAUUGAGGAAAGGCGUGUGUACAUGUACAACUCCUUGUCGACUGCUAUGAAAGAUAGUGCUGCUAUCAAAGCUUGUCAGCCAUUUGCGGUGUUGUUGCCCCACUUUUUUGCUUUGUUUGAUGAGUUCAAAAAGGAAAACAAACCGGUUUGUUUAGACCCUUUCGAAGUUGUUAAGGUUGAUGGUUUGCCUCAACAAACCUCGAAUGACUGUGGUUGUUUCGUUGCAUCGUUCGCCGAAUACUUUAUUGAUAUGAAACCGAUUCCUCCCAUAUUUGAUGUUGAGAAACACCGUGAUAGGCUUGCUGUGUUGUUCUAUAAGUAUGCUCGCAUGAAAGAAGUGGAAUUUAUUGAUAGUGAAGAUGAGGCUCCUCCGAAGGGUCCAAAGAAGAAUUUGUCUUAGUUAUCUAUUGGUUGUUGUUGGAAAUACUACUUUUUUUUAUGUAGCUUUUGUUUUUCUAUUACCAGAUUAUGUUCAUAAUCAUAGACAAGUUGUUGUUUCUAUCAUGUUUUUUUCUUAAUUGGAAUUGGUUUUUAAUUUGUUCA